AAACACUCGACAACAUUUCCCAUCCCUGGAAAUAAAAUGACUCGACAUGCUAGAAACUGUACGGCUGGCGCUUUUUAUACCUACCACGAAAAGAAAAAGGAUACUCAGAACUCCGGUUAUGGAACGCAGCACAGAAGAUUAGAGAAGUAUUCCAUUAAAGAUUUCGAUUGUUGCUCACUGACUUUACAGCCAUGUAAAAAUCCCGUCAUCACUAAAGACGGAUAUUUGUUCGACAAGGAGGCAAUUCUUGAAUAUAUUGUCUUUAAAAAAAACGAGUAUUACAAAAAGUUAAAAGAAUACGAACGACAGAAAAAUAAAAACAAGGAACAAAAUAUUCUGGAGGAAGCCAAAGCCUUUCAGAACAAGAUGAACUCCUUUUUGAUAUUUGAGAAGAGUAUUGUGAGCCGCUCUACUAAUGUCAUCAAAGAAAGUGAUGCGUUAACCCCAUCUAUUUCAAACAUGUUAAAUGGCAACGAGAUGGAAUUACCCAGCUUCUGGGUCCCAACGAAAACUCCGUCAAUAAAUAAACCCGAAAUAGAAAAACCAGACAAAACCAUAUAUUGUCCGAUUUCAAAAAAACCUCUUAAAGCCAAGGACUUAAUUGAUGUUAAGUUCACUCCAAUCAAAGAUCCAAACGUCAAGAAACCCAUGGUAGUGAAAGAGGACAGAUACAAGUGCGCCGUAACACACGAUGUAUUAACCAAUGCAGUGCCUUGUGCAGUUCUCAAACCAACUGGCGACGUUGUAACUCUCGAAUGUGUAGAAAGAAUUAUUAAAAAAGACUGGAUCCACCCCUUAACUGGCAUGAAAUUGAAAGAAAAAGAUAUCAUAAUUAUGCAGAGGGGAGGAACGGGCUAUGCUCAAACUAAUGAAAACCUGCAGGCGAGGGAAAGUAGGCCUGUGUUACAAGUUUAAAAUUUUUCAUUUCUAGUUCUUUGCCUCUUGUUUCACUUAAUUAAUAUUUUGUUUAAAACGGGCUUUAAUUUACAUUUUUGUGUGGGAUAUGUAAGCGGUGUUUAAAAUUCUCAUCAACUCAUGAAAUAUAGAUGAAACAUGUGUGAAAUUUCAUUUUAAUGAUAUUUUUUUAAUCAAAGUUAUAUGCUAACUCAUUAAUCACAGUCACUGAUUGAUCUUAAGCAAUCAUGUGUUAUUAUGUAUAGCUAUGUAAAUAUGCAGUCUGUUUGUCCUUUAAUGAACACUUUCAGGAUGA